AUGGGUGACUCACUGGAGGCGACCAUCCCGAGCAUGGGGAGCGAGCCGCCACCAUCUGUGGAGGCGGAGACGGUCGCCAUUAUCGAUUUCGACAAUUUUUCCAACUAUCUUCGGAAGGCGAUUACGGUCCUGCUGCCGGAGGAUGAUGUGAAGUCGUUCGGUCCCUUGAAUGGUGCCCUGGAGGACAGCAUGAAUCAGGACUGCAUUCGGAAGUUCAUCUCCGAUCCGCAAACGCAGGCUCUGUACAUUCAGCGGAACUGCUUCAAAGACGAUGAAAAUGAACCACCAACCGAGGGCGAAGAGGAAAAGGAUUCCAUCACGUACUACUUUGGGAACGAUGUCCACUUCACCAACCAACGGAUGGCGUCGCUGGUGUGCGUCAAGCGGGGCUCGUUGAUCGAGGCGGACAAAUCGAUCCACUCACAGGUCCGACUGAUCAACUUUUCUGAGGGAUCGCCCUACGAAACCCUACACUCGUUCAUCAGCAAAACUCUUGCGCCGUACUUCAAGAGUUACGUGAAGGAAUCGGGUCGUGCAGAUCGCGACGGUGACAAGAUGGCCCCGUCGGUUGAAAAGAAGCUGGCCGAGCUGGAGAUGGGACUGUUGCAUCUGCAGCAAAACAUCGACAUCCCAGAGGUCACGCUGAACAUCAACGGCACCGUGGCUCAGAUGGUGAAGAAGUGUGCUGACGAGCAGCGUAAGGCGAAGAUAACCGAUUUCGGUGACAAGGUGCAGGAUUCCACCUUCCUGAACACGCUGCAGAAUGGGGUCAAUCGGUGGAUUAAGGAAAUUCAGAAAGUAACCAAACUUGACCGUGACCCCUCGUCUGGAACGGCAUUACAGGAGAUAUCGUUUUGGUUGAACCUGGAGCGAGCGCUGCAUCGCAUUCAGGAGAAGCGCGAAUCGCCCGAGGUUGCCCUUACGCUGAACAUCCUGAAGCAUGGUAAGCGCUUCCACGCGACCGUUUCGUUCGACACGGACACCGGUCUCAAACAGACGCUAGCGAUGGUGGCCGAUUACAACCCACUGAUGAAGGACUUUCCGAUCAACGAUCUGCUGUCGGCGACGGAGCUAGAUAAGAUCCGCCAAGCGGUCCAUUCGAUCUUCAAUCAUCUGCGCAAGAUCCGAAACACCAAGUAUCCGAUCCAGCGCUGCUUGAGACUGAUUGAAGCGAUCUCGCGCGAUCUUAGCCAACAGCUGCUGAAGGUGCUAGGAACGCGACGCCUGAUGCACAUUCCGUUCGAUGAGUUCGAGCGAGUCAUGAAUCAGUGUUUCGAGGUGUUUAGCUGCUGGGACGACGAGUACGAUAAGCUGCUGGGUACAUUGCGCGAAAUCGUCAAGCGGAAGCGUGACGAACACAUUAAAAUGGUGUGGCGUAUUUCACCGGCGCACAAGAUCCUACAGCAGCGCAUGGAGCACAUGCGUAAGUUCCGCCGUCAGCACGAACAGCUGCGCACGGUGAUCGUACGCGUGCUGCGCCCGGCCCGGCAACCAUCCGUGUUGCCAACCGUGCCCGGUGGUGACGGGGGUGCAGAUGGAAAGCAACCGUACAGUCUGGAUACGGCCGAUGCCAACGCGAUCGAGGAGGUCAACCUGGCGUACGAGAACGUGAAGGAGAUCGAGUGCUUGGACAUCUCGAAGGAGGGCUCCGAGGCGUGGGACGCCGCGAUCAAGCGCUACGAGGAGCGCAUCGAUCGGGUUGAGGCGCGCAUCACGGCCCAUUUGCGCGAUCAGCUCGGAACGGCGAAGAAUGCAAACGAAAUGUUUCGUAUCUUCUCGCGUUUCAAUGCGCUCUUCGUGCGACCUCACAUCCGUGGGGCGAUCCGCGAGUACCAAACGCAGCUCAUCCAGCGCGUAAAGGACGACAUUGAAUCGUUGCACGAAAAGUUUAAGGUGCAAUAUCCUCAAAGCAAGAGCUGCCGAUUGUCAGUCGUACGUGAUCUUCCUCCCGUCGCUGGAUCGAUCAUUUGGGCACGGCAGAUCGAUAACCAGUUGACCAUGUACCUCAAGCGCGUUGAGGACGUUCUGGGUCGCGGAUGGGAAUCGCACAUUGAUGGGCAAAAACUGAAGGCGGACGGUGACAGCUUCCGGGCGAAGCUAUCCACCGCCGAAGUGUUUCAAGACUGGGCGCGUAAGGUGCAGGAACGUAAUACCGGAAUUACCGGGCGUAUCUUCUCGAUCGAAGCUACUCGUUCGCGCACCGGACGUGGCAAUACGCUCCGUUUGCGGGUGAACUUCCUGCCGGAAAUAAUCACCCUCUACAAGGAGGUGCGCAAUUUGAAGAGUCUCGGCUUCCGGGUGCCGCUCGCGAUCGUCAACAAGGCCCAUCAAGCGAACCAGCUUUAUCCGUUCGCGAUUUCGUUGAUCGAAAGCAUUCGUACGUACGAGCGAACGCUGGAAAAGCUAAACAAUAGGACAUUAGCACAAAAUUCAGUAUUUAAGAUUGAGGAUCGAGCCAGUAUCAUACCGUUGGUGGCUGGGUUGCGCAAGGAAGUGCUGCAGCUAAUCUCCGAGGGUAUUGCGCUGGUUUGGGAAAGCUACAAGCUGGACCCGUACGUUCAGCGCCUGUCGGAGAAUGUGGUUUCUUUCCAGGAGAAGGUCGAAGAUCUGCUAGUGGUCGAGGAGCAGCUCGAUGUGGACGUGCGUUCGCUUGAAACGUGCCCCUAUAGUGCGGCUACGUUCGCUGACAUUCUGUCGAAGAUACAGCACGCCGUCGACGAUCUGUCGCUGAAACAGUACUCGAACCUACACGUUUGGGUUUCGCGGUUGGAUGAAGAGGUCGAAAAGAAGCUAGCCGCACGGCUGCAAGCCGGAGUGCAAGCGUGGACCGAUGCACUCACCGGCAACAAGAAGGAACUCGACCUGUCGAUGGACACCGACGCGCCGACUCAGCCGACCAUUCGGCCCGGUGGUGAUCCGCAGAUUCAGCGAGCAAUUCACGAGAUUCGCAUCACCAACCAGCAGAUGUAUCUGUACCCAUCGAUCGAGGAAGCUCGCUUCCAGAUCAUGCAGCAACUGUUUGCCUGGGAGGCGAUCGUAACGUCGCAGACACGUUUGCAAAGUUCGCGGUAUCAGGUCGGGCUCGAUAAGCCGGUUUCGCAAACGUACCGCAAUUUGCUCACGAAACUUCCGACCGGUUCGGAUCCACUCGAGGGCGCGUACGGGGCGAUCGAGAACCAGAUCACGGAGGUGCGCAACUACGUCGACGAGUGGCUGCGCUACCAGAGCCUGUGGGAUCUGCAGGCGGACAUCCUGUACGGCCGGCUCGGUGAGGACAUCAAUCUGUGGAUCAAGUGUUUGAACGAUAUUAAGAAAUCGCGCACCACAUUCGACACAUCGGACACCCGUCGCGCUUACGGUCCGAUCGUGAUCGAUUACGCCAAGGUACAGGCGAAGGUCACGCUCAAAUACGACUCGUGGCACAAGGAGGCGCUCAGCAAGUUUGGCUCACUGCUCGGCAACGAGAUGAGUACGUUCCACACGAAAGUAUCCAAGAGCCGCAGUGAUCUCGAGCAGCAGAGCAUCGAAGCGGCCAGCACGUCGGAUGCCGUGUGUUUCAUCACGUACGUUCAGUCGCUCAAAAAGGAGAUGCUCGUUUGGGACAAGCAGGUUGAAGUGUACCGUGAAGCCCAGCGCAUCCUAGAACGCCAGCGCUUCCAGUUCCCCAACAACUGGUUGCACGUGGACAACAUCGAAGGUGAGUGGUCCGCGUUCAAUGAGAUCAUGAAGCGCAAGGAUUCCGCCAUCCAGACGCAGGUCGCCAGCUUGCAGGCGAAGAUCGUUGCUGAAGAUAAAGCGGUCGAGACGCGUACGGUCGAUUUCUUGAACGAUUGGGAAAAGAACAAACCGACGGGCGGAAGAACGCGUCCCGAUGAUGCCCUGCAGCAACUGCACAUUUUUGAGACAAAGUUCUCGCGGUUGAAGGAAGAGCGCGAUAAUGUAGCGAAAGCAAAGGAAGCGCUGGAGCUGCAGGAAUCGGCCAUCCCGAACAACAGCACCGAACGUAUGAGUGUGGUGCUGGAAGAGCUGCAAGAUUUGCGUGGUGUCUGGAGCGAACUUUCGAAGGUUUGGGCCCAAAUCGAUGAGACACGCGAAAAACCAUGGCUGUCGGUUCAACCGCGCAAGCUGCGCCAAUCCCUCGAGGCAAUGAUGAACCAACUGAAGGAGCUUCCGGCCAGGUUGCGUAUGUACGAGAGUUAUGAGUACGUUAAGAAGCUGCUCCAGAGCUAUAUCAAGGUGAACAUGAUGAUUGUGGAGCUAAAGUCGGACGCACUGAAAGAGCGCCACUGGAAGCAGUUGACAAAGCAGUUGCGUGUCAGCUGGGUGCUUUCCGAUUUGACACUCGGCCAGGUUUGGGAUGUAAAUCUACUGAAAAACGAAUCGAUCGUGAAGGACAUCAUCCUUGUGGCGCAGGGUGAGAUGGCACUCGAGGAGUUCCUGAAGCAGGUGCGCGAAAGUUGGCAAAACUACGAACUGGAUCUGAUCAACUAUCAGAACAAGUGUCGCAUCAUCCGCGGCUGGGACGAUCUGUUCAACAAGGUGAAGGAGCACAUUAACUCGGUGGCCGCUAUGAAACUGUCACCGUACUAUAAGGUGUUCGAGGAGGAGGCCCUCACCUGGGAAGAGAAACUGAAUCGCAUCAACUCGCUGUUCGACGUUUGGAUCGAUGUCCAGCGCCGUUGGGUGUACCUGGAGGGUAUCUUCUCCGGCAGCGCCGACAUCAAGACGCUGCUGCCUGUCGAAACGUCUCGCUUCCAGAGCAUUAGCUCGGAGUUUCUGGGGCUCAUGAAGAAGGUGGCCAAAUCGCCAAAGGUCAUGGACGUACUGAACAUCCCCGCCGUGCAGCGAUCGCUCGAACGAUUGGCUGAUCUGUUGGGCAAAAUCCAGAAAGCGCUCGGUGAGUAUCUCGAGCGUGAGCGGACCUCAUUCCCGCGGUUCUACUUUGUCGGAGACGAGGAUCUGCUCGAGAUCAUCGGUAACAGCAAGAACGUUGCGCGGCUGCAGAAACACUUCAAAAAGAUGUUUGCUGGCGUAGCCUCGAUUCUGCUGAACGAGGACAACACCGUCAUCUUGGGCAUUGCUUCGCGCGAAGGUGAAGAGGUACGUUUCAUCAAACCCGUCUCAACGGUCGACCAUCCGAAGAUCAACGAGUGGUUGUCGCUGGUCGAGAAGGAGAUGCGCUUUACGCUCGCUUCGUACCUUGCGCAAGCGGUACAGGAUAUUAAGCAGUUCAAGGACGUGAUCGAUACGCAAAAGUACAUGGAAUGGUGCGACAAGUACCAGGCCCAGAUCGUGGUGCUCGCAGCUCAGAUCCUUUGGUCGGAAGAUGUCGAGAAUGCUCUUCAACAAACUUCCGAAGGCACUGCUGCUAGUGGAAAGGAUGCGAAGAGCACUCCACUGCAACGAGUGCUGUCCACGGUCGAGAAGACGCUGAACGUGCUAGCGGACUCAGUACUCCAGGAGCAGCCAGCACUGCGACGCAAAAAGCUUGAACAUCUGAUCAACGAGUUCGUCCACAAGCGAACCGUUACGCGCCGCCUGAUCGCACACGGCGUUAACAAUCCGAAAUCGUUCCACUGGCUGUGCGAGAUGCGGUUCUACUUCGACCCACGCCAAACGGAGGUCCUACAGCAGCUCACGAUCCACAUGGCGAACGCACGUUUCUACUACGGAUUCGAGUAUCUCGGGGUGCAAGACCGGUUGGUGCAAACGCCACUAACCGACCGCUGCUACCUCACGAUGACGCAAGCGCUCGAGGCACGGCUCGGGGGAUCACCGUUCGGGCCAGCCGGUACCGGCAAGACGGAAUCGGUCAAGGCGCUCGGUAAUCAGCUGGGCCGCUUCGUGCUCGUGUUCAACUGUGACGAAACGUUCGACUUCCAGGCGAUGGGCCGCAUCUUUGUCGGUCUGUGUCAGGUCGGUGCUUGGGGCUGCUUCGACGAGUUCAAUCGUCUGGAGGAGCGCAUGCUGUCCGCCGUGUCGCAACAAAUUCAAACAAUCCAGGAAGCGCUCAAAUCACAGCAAGACUCCUCCAACCGUGACGCACAGGCGGGCAUCACAGUGGAGCUGGUCGGCAAGCAGGUGCGCGUAUCAACCGAUAUGGCCAUCUUUAUCACGAUGAAUCCGGGGUACGCGGGCCGCUCGAAUCUGCCGGAUAAUCUUAAGAAACUGUUCCGCUCGCUCGCGAUGACUACUCCCGAUCGGCAGCUGAUUGCGGAGGUGAUGCUGUUCAGCCAAGGUUUCCGCACGGCCGAGAAACUGGCCUGCAAGAUCGUGCCUUUCUUUAAACUGUGCGACGAGCAGCUCUCCAACCAAUCGCACUACGACUUUGGACUGCGUGCACUCAAAUCGGUGCUGGUGUCCGCUGGCAACGUGAAGCGCGAUCGGAUCAUGCGUAUCAAGGACAUGAUGAGACAGCGAGGGGACGAAAAAAUCGACGAAGCGUCGAUCGCAGAAAGCCUUCCCGAGCAGGAGAUUCUCAUUCAGUCCGUGUGCGAAACGAUGGUUCCGAAACUGGUGGCGGAGGACAUCCCGCUCCUGUUUUCACUGUUGAGUGAUGUGUUCCCGAACGUUGGGUACACGCGUGCCGAGAUGAAGGGUCUGAAGGACGAAAUCCGGAAGGUUUGCGCCGAAGAGUAUCUGGUUUGCGGCGAAGGCGACGAACAGGGCGGUGCCUGGAUGGAGAAGGGAUUUGGCGAAACAUGGGUUGACAAAGUACUGCAAUUGUAUCAAAUCUCCAACCUGAACCACGGUCUCAUGAUGGUUGGUCCGUCGGGCUCAGGAAAAUCAUCCGCCUGGAAAGUGCUGCUCAAGGCUCUCGAGCGCUUCGAGGGAACCGAGGGUGUCGCUCACGUCAUCGAUCCGAAGGCCAUCUCGAAGGAAGCGCUCUACGGUGUGCUCGAUCCGAAUACGCGCGAAUGGACCGACGGUCUGUUUACGCACAUUCUGCGCAAAAUCAUCGACAACGUGCGCGGCGAGAUCAACAAACGCCAGUGGAUUAUCUUCGACGGAGACGUGGAUCCGGAGUGGGUCGAGAACCUUAACUCGGUGCUGGAUGACAACAAGCUGCUAACGCUGCCGAAUGGUGAACGAUUGUCGCUGCCACCGAACGUGCGCAUCAUGUUCGAGGUGCAGGACCUUAAGUACGCCACCCUGGCGACCGUUUCUCGGUGCGGUAUGGUUUGGUUCUCGGAAGACGUCCUCUCGACGGAGAUGAUCUUCGAGAACUACAUGUCACGGUUGCGCCACAUCCCCCUGGAGGAUGGGGAAGAGGAAAGUUUCAGCGGCCAGCCAAAGAGUGCCGAGAAGGAGGACGAAGUAACACCGGCGCUACAGACGCAGCGUGAGAUUGCGGCCCUGAUGCAGCCGUACUUCUCCUCCGACGGGCUGGUAGUCCGCUGUCUUGAGUAUGCCAUGGGCCAGGAACACAUCAUGGACUUUACGCGUCUCCGUGCGCUCAGUUCGUUGUUUUCGAUGCUCAAUCAGGGUGCACGUAAUGUGUUGACCUUCAACCAGCAACACCCGGACUUCCCGGUUCCGCCGGAGCAGCUCGAACAGUACAUCCCGAAACUGUUGAUCUACUCGAUGCUGUGGUCGUUUGCCGGUGAUUCCAAGUUGAAGGUGCGUUCCGAUUUGGGUGAUUUCUUGCGCAGCAUUACGACCGUUACGCUGCCAGCGCAGGGUGCAAAUCCAAUCAUUGACUACGAAGUCAACAUCGGAGGCGAUUGGGUUCCAUGGUCGAACAAAGUCCCCGUCAUUGAGAUCGAAACCCACAAAGUGGCCGCACCGGACGUCGUCGUGCCAACACUCGAUACCGUGCGCCACGAAUCACUCCUGUACACGUGGCUUGCGGAACAUAAGCCACUGGUUCUUUGCGGUCCUCCCGGUUCCGGUAAGACGAUGACGCUCUUCUCGGCUCUUCGAGCCCUUCCCGAUAUGGAGGUCGUUGGGCUGAAUUUCUCGUCCGCAACGACACCGGAACUGUUGCUCAAAACGUUCGAUCAUUACUGCGAGUAUCGCAAAACACCAAACGGUGUGGUGCUGGCACCGGUACAGCUUGGCAAGUGGCUCGUGCUGUUCUGUGAUGAGAUCAAUCUUCCCGACAUGGACUCGUACGGUACGCAGCGGGUGAUUUCUUUCCUCCGCCAGCUGGUGGAGCAUAAGGGCUUCUACCGUGCGGCCGACCAAUCGUGGGUUACGCUCGAACGCAUACAGUUUGUGGGCGCCUGUAACCCUCCGACCGAUCCAGGACGUAAGCCGCUUAGCCAUCGGUUCUUGCGCCACGUUCCGAUCAUCUACGUCGACUAUCCGGGAGAAACUUCGCUCAAGCAGAUCUACGGUACGUUCAGCCGUGCGAUGCUGCGAUUGAUGCCGAACCUUCGGGGCUACGCCGAGCCACUCACGAACGCGAUGGUCGAGUUCUAUCUUGCGUCACAGGAUCGUUUCACGCAGGACAUGCAACCGCAUUACGUGUACUCACCGCGAGAGAUGACGCGCUGGGUGCGUGGUAUUUGCGAAGCGAUCCGCCCACUGGACAACCUACCCGUUGAGGGACUAGUGCGGCUGUGGGCGCACGAAGCACUUCGCUUGUUCCAGGACCGUUUAGUGGAGGAAUCGGAACGUCGCUGGACCAACGAAAACAUUGAUCUGGUGGCGAUGAAGCACUUCCCGAGCGUUGAUCGUGAGAGGGCACUGGCGCGACCGAUCCUUUACAGCAACUGGCUAUCGAAGGACUACAUGCCGGUCAAUCGGGACGAGCUGCGUGACUAUGUCAAGGCCCGGCUGAAGGUGUUCUACGAGGAAGAGUUGGACGUUCCGCUCGUGCUGUUCGAUGAGGUGCUCGAGCACGUGCUGCGUAUCGAUCGUAUCUUCCGCCAACCUCAGGGCCACCUGCUGCUGAUCGGUGUGUCGGGUGCUGGCAAGACAACGCUCUCGCGAUUCGUCGCGUGGAUGAAUGGUUUGUCGAUCUUCCAGAUCAAGGUGCACAACAAGUACACGAGCGAAGAUUUUGACGAAGAUCUGCGGUGUGUGCUGCGCCGGGCGGGCUGCAAGGACGAGAAGAUCGCCUUCAUACUGGACGAAUCGAACGUGCUGGAUUCUGGAUUCCUCGAGCGCAUGAACACACUGCUGGCAAACGGUGAAGUGCCCGGUCUGUUCGAGGGUGAUGAGUACACGACCCUCAUGACGCAGUGCAAGGAAGGAGCGCAACGUGAAGGUCUUAUGCUUGAUUCAAGCGACGAGCUGUACAAAUGGUUUACACAGCAAGUGAUGCGCAAUCUGCAUGUCGUCUUCACGAUGAACCCAUCGACCGAUGGGUUGAAGGAUCGGGCCGCAACGUCACCGGCCCUGUUUAACCGCUGCGUGCUGAACUGGUUCGGUGAUUGGUCCGAUUCGGCAUUGUUCCAAGUUGGCAAAGAGUUUACCAUUCGUGUCGAUCUCGAGAAACCCACCUGGAGCGCACCCGACUUCUUCCCAGCCGUGUGUCCGUUGGUAUCGAAUACCCCAUCACAUCGUGAUGCCGUCAUUAAUAGCUGCGUGUACGUCCAUCAGACACUGCACAAAGCGAACGCACGCCUUGCGAAGCGGGGCAGCCGCACAAUGGCCAUUACUCCGCGCCACUAUCUGGACUUUAUUCACCACUUCGUGAAACUGUACUCUGAGAAGCGAAGCGAUCUCGAAGAGCAGCAACUCCACUUGAACGUGGGUCUCAACAAGAUCGCCGAAACGGUUGAACAGGUGGAAGAGAUGCAGAAAUCGUUGGCCGUAAAGUCGCAAGAGCUGCAAGCGAAGAACGAAGCCGCCAACGCUAAGCUGAAACAGAUGUUCAAGGAUCAGCAGGAGGCGGAAAUCAAGAAAGUGCAAUCGCAAGAAAUUCAACACCAGCUGGCCGAACAGACGGUCAAGAUCGAAGAGAAACGGAAAGACGUUAUGGCCGACCUGGCACAAGUGGAACCAGCCGUUAUCGAUGCGCAAGCCGCCGUUGGCAACAUCAAGAAGAAGCAGCUGGCGGAGGUACGCACCAUGGCGAAUCCUCCGCUGCCGGUCAAGAUGGCCCUCGAGUCCGUCUGUUUACUGCUCGGUGAAGACGAUCGUGGCGGCGAUUGGAAAGCAAUCCGUGCGAUCAUGGUCAAAGAUAGCUUCAUUGCAUCGAUCGUCAAGCUGGACACAUCACACAUUACCGAUGAGGUGCGUGAAAAGAUGAAAUCGAAGUAUCUCAGCAACCCGGAUUACAACUUCGAAAAGGUGAACCGCGCCUCGAUGGCCUGUGGUCCGAUGGUGAAAUGGGCCAUCGCACAGGUAGAGUACGCGGACAUGUUGAAGCGCGUGGAACCGCUGCGGGAUGAGUUGGGUUCGCUGGAGCACCAGGCCGAAACGAACAUCAAGCACGGCCAGGAGGUGAAGGAACUGAUCGCCCAGCUGGAGCAGAGUAUUGCCGCGUACAAGGAAGAGUACGCACAGUUGAUCUCGCAAGCGCAAGCCAUUAAGACGGAUCUGGAGAACGUACAAGCGAAGGUUGACCGUUCGAUUGCGCUGCUCAAGAGUUUGGUGAUCGAACGCGAACGUUGGGAAGCCACGAGUGAAACAUUCCGCUCGCAGAUGUCCACCAUCGUCGGCGAUGUGCUGCUUUCGGCCGCCUUCAUUGCGUACGGUGGCUACUUCGAUCAGCACUAUCGAAGCAACCUUUUCUCGACCUGGUGUCAACACUUGCAGUCGGCGAGCAUACAGUUCCGGCCGGAUAUUGCGCGCACCGAGUAUCUGUCCAACCCGGACGAACGGUUGCGCUGGCAAGCGAACGCCCUACCGACCGAUGAUCUCUGCACGGAGAAUGCGAUCAUGUUGAAGCGCUUCAAUCGCUAUCCGCUCAUUAUCGACCCGUCCGGUCAGGCGACGGAGUUCAUCUUGAACGAGUUUAAGGACAAGAAGAUCACCAAGACCAGCUUCUUGGACGAUUCGUUCCGCAAGAACCUCGAGUCGGCACUACGAUUCGGCAAUCCGCUCCUGGUGCAGGAUGUUGAAAACUAUGAUCCGAUUCUCAAUCCGGUGCUGAAUCGCGAGCUGCGUCGUACGGGUGGUCGUGUGCUGAUUACGCUCGGCGAUCAAGACAUUGAUCUUUCGCCCUCAUUCGUGAUCUUCCUAUCAACGCGUGACCCAACGGUCGAGUUCCCGCCCGAUAUCUGUUCUCGAGUGACGUUCGUGAACUUUACCGUCACCCGCAGCUCGCUGCAAUCGCAGUGUCUCAACCAGGUGCUAAAGGCCGAACGGCCCGAUAUCGACGAGAAGCGUUCGGAUCUACUGAAGCUACAGGGUGAGUUCCACCUGCGGCUGCGGCAACUCGAGAAAAGCUUACUGCAAGCGCUGAACGAUGCAAAGGGGAAAAUCCUGGACGACGAUUCGGUCAUCACGACGCUCGAGACACUCAAAAAGGAAGCGGCCGAUAUUGGGCAGAAGGUGGAAGAGACGGACAAGGUGAUCGGUGAGAUCGAAACCGUAUCGCAGCAGUACCUGUCGCUGUCGCAAGCCUGCUCCAACAUCUACUUCACGAUGGACAGCCUCAACCAGGUGCACUUCCUGUAUCAAUACUCGCUGAAGAUGUUCCUCGACAUAUUCAGCACCGUACUGCACAACAACCCGAAACUCGAGGGGAAAACCGACUACACGGGCCGCCUGUUGAUCAUCACGUCCGAUCUUUAUCGCGUGUGCUACGAUCGUGUCGCGCGUGGUAUGCUUCACGCCGAUCGGCUCACGUUUGCAAUUUUGCUCUGCCGUAUACACCUGAAGGGCACAUCGGAAGCAAACCUUGACCAGGAGUUUAACUUCUUCCUGCGCAACAAGGAGGGCCUGGUGGCAUCGUCGGCGCACGUCGAUGGCGUCAGUGCUGAGCAGCUUGAAUCGGUGACACGCCUAGCGACCCGGCUACCGAUCUUCCGGAAGUUGCUCGACAAGAUUAAGGCAAUGCCGGAACUGACCGCUUGGCUGCAGCAGGGAUCACCCGAGCAGAAUGUUCCGAUCCUGUGGGACGAAUCGAAGGCUCUUUCUGCCGUUUCGGCUGCCAUGCAUCAGCUGCUACUGAUUCAGGCAUUCCGACCCGAUCGAGUUAUUGCCGCGGCACACCUCUUCGUGUCGACCGUGCUCGGAGAGGACUUUAUGCCGCAGGCCGAGAAGGAACUGGACUUUGCUACGUGCGUCGACAAGGAACUGGCCAGUAACACGCCGGCCCUGCUCUGCUCCGUCACCGGGUACGAUGCAUCUUCCCGUGUUGACGAUUUGGCCGCAGAGCUGAACAAACAGAUCUCCAGCAUCGCAAUUGGUUCGGCCGAGGGCUUCAACCAGGCCGAGAGAGUGAUCAACAUGGCCUGCAAAUCGGGCCGCUGGGUGCUGCUGAAGAACGUUCACCUUGCGCCGCAAUGGUUAGUGCAGCUGGAGAAGAAACUGCACUCGCUGCAACCCCACUCCGGGUUCCGGCUCUUCCUCACGAUGGAGAUCAAUCCGAAAGUGCCGGUGAACUUGCUGCGUGCUGGACGGAUCUUUGUCUACGAACCACCACCAGGCAUUCGGGCCAAUCUGUUGCGCACCUUCUCGACAGUCCCGGCCGCACGCAUGAUGAAGCAACCGAGUGAACGCGCCCGGCUCUACUUCCUGCUGUCCUGGUUCCACGCCAUCGUCCAAGAACGUUUGCGCUACGUGCCGCUCGGAUGGGCCAAGAAGUACGAGUUCAACGAGUCGGAUUUGCGGGUCGCUUGCGAUACGCUCGACACGUGGAUCGAUGCGACCGCGAUGGGUCGCACAAACCUGCCGCCCGAGAAGGUGCCAUGGGAUGCCCUGGUAACGCUUCUCUCGCAGAGUAUCUACGGCGGUAAAAUCGAUAACGAUUUCGAUCAGCGCCUGUUGUCGUCCUUCCUCUCCAAACUCUUCACGGCGCAUAGCUUCGAGGCCGAGUUUGCGCUCGUUGCCAACGUGGACGGAGUGGCCGGUGGACCGAACGGCCAACGGCACAUUACGAUGCCGGACGGUACGCGUCGUGAUCACUUCCUCAAGUGGAUCGAAGCAUUGGCAGAUCGCCAAACGCCCUCGUGGCUUGGGUUGCCAAACAAUGCCGAAAAGGUGUUGCUGACCACAAGGGGAACCGAUUUGAUCAGCAAGCUGCUUAAAAUGCAGCAACUCGAGGACGACGACGAGCUGGCGUACAGUAACGACGAAAGUCUCGAUACGAUGCAAACUCGCCAAGAGGAUGGCCGCCCGUCGUGGAUGAAAACGCUACACAACAGUGCACUAACGUGGCUCGAGUUGUUGCCGAAGAGUUUGGCCACCCUGAAGCGAACGGUGGAGAACAUCAAAGACCCACUGUAUCGAUACUUUGAGCGAGAAGUUUCGUCCGGUGCCAAACUGUUGCAAACCGUGGUGAGCGAUCUGCAGGACGUGGUGCUGAUCUGUCAAGGCGAAAAGAAGCAAACGAACUACCACCGGACGAUGCUGAGUGAGCUGGUGCGCGGUAUACUGCCGGCCGGUUGGCGUCGGUACACCGUUCCCGCCGGGUGCACCGUCAUCCAGUGGAUCACGGACUUUAGUCAUCGGGUUCAGCAGUUGCAGCGGGUUUCUUCGCUUGUGUCGCAAGCCGGUGCCAAGGAGCUGCAAAGUUUCCCCGUCUGGCUCGGUGGACUGUUCAAUCCGGAGGCGUACAUUACCGCCACGAGACAGUGUGUGGCGCAGGCGAACAGUUGGUCGCUGGAGGAGCUUGCCCUAACCGUCACCAUCACCGAGAGUGGUUCCGAUGGUUUCGACAACCUCAAGGACAGUAGCUUCGGCAUUACGGGUCUAAAACUGCAAGGAGCACAGUGCAAAAACAACCAACUGCUGCUCACGUCGGCCAUCAUGACCGAACUACCGCUGACGCUACUCAAGUGGACACGCAUCGACUCGGAUGCGGCUGCACGGGCCGCCAAACUUACGCUGCCGGUCUACUUAAAUUCAACCCGCGCGGAACUGCUGUUCACGGUCGAUAUGACGGUGGCCCCUGGUCAGGAUCCACACUCUUUCUACGAGCGCGGUGUCGCUGUGCUGGCUUCGACGGCGCUAAACUAAAGCUGGAGCCCGGCCGCCGGUGAUUAUCAACUAGAUGUUAUGGGACUCAUGCUAUUUAUUUACACAUUGAACGACUACACGUCGCUGGCAACUAAACAUAUUAACCCAUUGAAAAGGAUCUUGUAACACGCGCUUCUUCUAGCUAAAAAAAAGUAACUGCUCGUUCCGCAGGAACGGUUCUCUUUUACUGUUCGCUUUAAAUAUUCAAAUAUUCAAUAAAAAUAUAUAUCAUCA